AUGGACUGUGGCUCUACAUGUAAUGUCAUAAGUUACAAAGAGUAUUGCAAGAUUGCACAGGAUGGUAAUCCAAAGCUACAGAAAACCGAUGCAAAGCUACGACUAUAUGAUGGUUCCGUGAUGUUACCAUUAGGAUGUUGUGAAUUAAGAUGCAACCAACCUGCAAGUAGCUACCUUCUUAAAUUUCAAGUGGUGGAUUCUAACCAAAAGCCUCUUUUGUCAGCAGCGACGUGUGAGCAGUUGGGACUGUUGACUGUUAAUCAUCAAGAAAGAGUUAAUGCAUUGACAGUACAGAAGGACACUCCUGUUACCACCAAAGUGACAAGCAGCCCUUUACCUCAAGAAUGCAUAUUAAACAAGUAUUCUGAUGUCUUUAAUGGUCUUGGAACUUUUCCAGGAGAAUAUCAUAUGGACAUUGAUACUAAGGUUAAAGCGGUCCAAGCUCAGCCACGAAGAGUCGCAGUAGCUUUAAAGUCGGAGUUAAAGAAAGAGAUCGAAGAGAUGGAAAGACGAGGAGUGAUUGCCAAGGUAACAACAUCCACGGAGUGGAUAAGCAGUAUGGUUGCCGUGCGGAAACCUUCGGGAAAACUAAGAAUAUGCAUAGAUCCGAAAGACCUCAACAAGGCACUCCUCCGUCCACACUAUCCAAUACCAACUAUUGAUGAAAUUUUGCCACGACUGGCAAAUGCCAAAGUCUUCACAGUGUUAGAUGCGAAAGAGGGAUUUUGGCAAGUAAAGCUUGAUAAACGAAGCAGUUACCUAACUACAUUUUGGACGCCAUAUGGUCGAUAUCGGUGGCGCCGUAUGUCAUUUGGAAUAAGCACAGCGCCUGAAGAGUUUCAGAGAAGGUUACAUGAAGUAUUCGAAGGUUUGUCGGGAGUUGAGGUGAUAGCAGAUGAUAUUUUGGUAUAUGGAUUAGGUGACACAGAGGAGCAAGCUGUCGAAAACCAUGAUCAUUGCCUAGAAGCCGUACUUGAAAGAGCAAGACAACGCGGUCUGAAGCUGAAUAAGCAAAAGCUGAAGUUACGGAGGACCGAAGUUUCAUAUAUGGGUCAUUUGUUGACGUCCAAGGGACUUCGCCCGGAUCCACGAAAGAUCCAAGCA